AUGAACGGCAUGCGUAAAAAGAAAGCCGCUGUUGUCUGUUUGAUGCCGUCCGUCCAUCCGUUCGCCGGCCAGCGAGCUGGUCGGCCGGAUAGCAGCGUAUGGUGGUGUAACAAGGUGCAAUCACUGGCUCUUACUGUUACUGCACUUGUAAUGACUGCUCUGAAGACAGUUCUCUAUAGAUGGUCGCUGAAGAAAAAGAUGAGUCCAGGAACAGAGCAUGAAGACUCAUAG